AUGGCAGCCCCAGAUCAGGUUCCGGGGGAGGAAUACGACUAUGAAGCGCUCCCCUCGAACUACGGCCUCGGCCGGAAUAUGCUUGCCGGUGCUUUUGCAGGGAUAGCGGAACACGCUGUGAUGUAUCCGGUGGAUUUGUUGAAGACUCGCAUGCAAAUCCUACAUCCCUCCGGAGCGCUUUAUACAGGUCUGACCAAUGCGGUCUCGACUAUCUACCGGAUCGAAGGUUGGAGGACACUAUGGAAGGGCGUUUCGAGUGUGAUUGUGGGUGCUGGUCCGGCCCAUGCGGUGUACUUUGGCACAUAUGAGAUUGUCAAGGAAUUCGCAGGGGGGAAUGUGGACGAGGGGCAUCAUCCGCUGGCGGCUGCUCUGAGCGGUGCAUCUGCGACCAUUGCCAGUGACGCAUUGAUGAAUCCUUUUGAUGUGAUCAAGCAGCGCAUGCAGGUUCAUGGCUCAGUGCACAAGACCCUCGCCCAAUGUGCGCGGUCCGUCUACCGCACAGAAGGUCUCCAGGCUUUCUACGUCUCCUACCCUACCACCCUUUGCAUGACAGUCCCCUUUACCGCCACCCAAUUCGUCGCAUAUGAGUCGCUUUCCAAGGUCAUGAACCCAUCGCAGGAAUACGACCCCUUCACCCACUGCAUCGCCGGUGGUCUGGCCGGUGCCUUUGCGGCCGGUCUCACCACUCCUUUGGACGUCGUGAAGACGCUCCUUCAGACCCGUGGCCUGGCACAAAAUGAGGAGGUGCGGUCGGCCAAGGGGUUGAUUAACGCUGCCACUAUUAUUAAGCGCCAGUUUGGCUGGGGCGGGUUCCUGCGUGGUGCGAGGCCGCGGAUUAUUUCUACGAUGCCCAGUACGGCGAUUUGCUGGACAUCGUAUGAAAUGGCCAAGGCGUACUUUAAGCGCCAGGUAAAUGAAUAA